AACUGCGUGGCCGCUCGGUGUCUGAGCGAGCCGGGGAGAACCGGCUGGAGCACGUGGAAUGCCUGUAAGCGGCUGUGACCCAGAGCCGCCCCCAGGGCGCGGGCUGGCUCCUGCUUGGCUGUUAAUGGGAAAUGUCGCUUUUUUAAUUCUCUAACCGAGCUGAACUUUGCUUCUUCUUUUCUCCUUGGAUUCUUCAGGCUUGCUCGUUUUAUUUCAUUCAAAGUCGCUGGAGGGCAGGGCGGGCAUUUCCACUGGGGAGAGAAGGACGGUUUGUCACGCUGCUUCGCUUCGGGGCCGGGCGCAGCCCCGCUCCGGGAGGCGGCAGCUUCUUAGCGCGGUGUUUUUGUCGCGGUUUGGUUCGGACCGGGAGCGGCCGGGUGUGGCGACCCCGCCGAGCGGCACAAGCCGCGCUCCGUCCCCGCGCUCCGUUCCCCUGCGGCCGUCCCGCGCUCCGUUCCCGCGCUCCGUUCCCCGGCCGCCUUCCCGCGCUCCCUUCCCGCGCUCCGUUCCCGCGCUGGCGGCCGGCGGGGGCGGGGCCCGACGCCUCAGCCAAUGGGCAGCGGCGGCGGCGGCUCGCGCCGGGCCAUGGCGGCGGCGGGCGGCGAUGGCGGCGCGGGCGGGGCUGAGGGCGGCGGCGCCGAUGGCGGAGAAGACCCGACCCCGGCGGAGACACCGGGGCGCUCCCAGCUGUUCAGCAUCGUGGUGGACACGUUCCUGGAGAAGCUGGUGGCCGCCGGGAGCUACCAGAGGUUUGCCAGCUGCUAUCGCUGCUUCUACAAGCUGCAGCCGCAGCUGACCAGGAGCAUCUACGAUCAGUUCAUCUCCCAGCUGCAGGCGUCCAUAAAGGAGGAGAUCCAGGAGGUGAAAAACGAAGGGAAUCUGGAGGAACUCUUCAGUUCCCUGGAUAAGAUGGUGGAGGAGGCAAAGGACCGGGAGGAGCCAGCGUGGCGGCCCAGCGGGAUCCCGGAGCAGGACGUGCGCGGCGCCCUGGUGCCCUCCCUGCUGCAGCACCGUGCCCACCUGCGCCGGGCGCUGCGCCAGCGGCAGGAGCGCAGCAGCAGCCUGGCCGAGUCCGUGCUUGCGGGGAGGAGCAGGAUUGCAGAGCUGCAGCAGCUGAUCCAGGCUCGCCAGCAGGCCUGGCAGGCAAUCAGUAAGGAGCAACGAGAACUCAUCAUGACAUUCCAGGAGCCCCAGUGAGGCCACAGGAUGUCCCACAGGCUCUGCUGGGACAGUUCAUCGUCCCAAAGCACUGAUGGGACAAGGUGUGUGCAGAACCCAAACUGAGAAUCAGCCCAUCAGGCCACUGGAGACUGCAGAGGGACUGAAACAGCUUCUGAACUGGCACAGUUUGAUCAGAUUUGGUGGAGAAACAAACAAAAAAAAAUUUGGGAUCUUUGCAAAUGGAUGGCAAUUCCCUGUUUCCCACUCAGCUAGAGGGGAGUGCCACAAAGUCUGUCUGUGUUCUCAUCUGCUCCACUCAGUGCUGUGACAGGCCUGAUUCCAGUUUCCAAAGCCACGUUUGGGGGGAUUGUAGCUGUUUUAGUUGUGCAUUAGCCAAAAUUCAGUGCCUUAAACCCCAGGCCAGGCUGUGCCCAGGCCUGAGGAGCCCACGAGCAGCAGCACGAGUGGGUCACAGCCAGGGCUCCUGCCUGUGCUUGCAGGUUCAUUCAGUCUCUGUGUUCAGACCACUGCCUGUUGCAGAUGUGGCAGCAGCUGCUGCCCUGAUUUCCUUGUUACCAUUCAUUCUGUUCUCAAAGUUAUUUUCUAGCCCUGGUCCCCUCCCAGCAGCCCGAGGUAUCGAGGGAUCUGUGCAGAGGCUGGAACAGCCCUGCCUCCACUCUGUGGGUUUGUAGCACAGCAUUUUAAUGUUUUCCUGUGGAACCUUCUAGAGCCAGACUGGUUUUCCCCACCCAGAGUUGUUCCUGCCUCUUCUGUUUGCGGGCUGGGGAAGCCAAAGCUCCCAGGAUCUCCCUGGCAGAGCCCCACCAGUGACGUGUGCCCCCAGCACGGACAGGCUGUCCUGGGGCUGGGCAGGGAGUGAGGAGAGUCCCCUGCACCUGCAGAGCACUGAGAGCUUCUGGGUCCAGCAGCCACCGAGGCUCGGUGGGCUCUCCCUGUGCCCAGCUGGGGAGGGGCAGCGGCUGCUCCACCUCGCCCCAACCUCUGUGAGCAAUUAGAGCUGCAGAGUUUCCCCUCUGCCUCCCCUGGCUCUGCUGGAAUCUCAAUAAACCGGGGCUGUUGUUCCCAGCUUGGCUCCCGCUGUGCUCUUGGCCCACGUACUCUGUACUUUAUGGGUUUGUCUGACAAAGGCUCUGCUUCAGCAGUUCUGUCUGCCCUCUGCCCCAAAGCCUCCAGUUCCGCUUCCCAAGACAGGGCUGGGAUUUACAGGAUCAGAAAGUGGUCAGGAUGUGAAAGAGGAAUGUUCUUCAGGGCUCUGGGUGCCCUGGCCACGCAGCAUCUGCCCCUGGCAUGUGGCAGGGAGGAGCUGUGCAGAGACCAAGGCACCUGCUCACCCUCCCCCGGGGACAUAGGGUGGCAGUGCCCGAAAGAAGCACGUGCUGCUCCCCCAAAAGUGAGCCAUGGAGGAAAACCCCAAGGUUUUGGCAGGAAAGUCUCCCUGUGUCGCAGAAGAUGAUUCUGGAGUGCAGCAGUGGGAGCUGGGACGGGGCACUGGGUGAUGGGAGCACAGUGAGGAGCCCCCAGUGCCCCAUCAGCCGUUCCAGUGGGGACUGGGCACUGCCAGCCUGGCAGGGCUGGGCCCACCAGCAAAUCCCCCCUGGCCUGGGGCCACUUUUCCCUCCCUUUGUGGGCUCUGGCUGGGCACAGGGGGACCAAGUUCAUCCCAAACCACAAUUG